AUGGUGAGCCAGCAGUUUCUCCAAUUCAUUAUUUCUAGAAUUUUAAAGGAUUUAAUCACUUUUUUACUUAAUUUAGGAUCACAUUCUAAACUGUCAUAUUUUGUUGGACUUGUUUGCUGUAUUUUAACUCCAAUCUGCCAUUUGCAGCCAGUGGAAACAUGUUAGCUACCUAGGUAGAUUGUGGCUAGCAAUUUGUUAUAGUUUUGAAAUCCAGCUACUGUUACUAGCUAAGUGCAUCUUCACUGUGUGUCCGAUAUGUGAUUUAUUUGACAGGGUCAAAGUCAGAGUGGAGGACAUGGACCCGGGGGAGGAAAAAAAGACGACAAGGUAAAUAAUCCAUACUAGUAGCUAGCUAGCUUGCUACUCUGUUUCAAUCUAGUACCUAUCUAAUGUUGAUAAUAACACUAAGGCCAACCUUGUGAAAACGUGAAUAUUAAUCUAACCAGUUUGAUACACACCGACUCUUUUUGUUUGAUAAGCAGUCACACUGUUCUGUAACUUUUGCUGGACUGUUCAGGAUAAGAAAAAGAAAUAUGAACCACCAAUCCCCACCAGGGUUGGGAAGAGGAAGAAGAAGAGCAAGGGACCUGAUGCUGCCAGCAAGCUACCUCUUGGUAAGUUAGUUGGGCUACAUUUAACUUUAUACUUUUCACUGUCAUGGCAGAGAUCCUUUCUACCUACUGAUGUUGAAUUGUAAACUGCAACAGACUGCUGUUUACAAUUUUACAACUGCUGUUUUCCCAGACAAUUUACCCGUUACAUACAACUGACUGAUUUCGCUCUCUCUCUCUAUCUCUCUCCUCUGUCCUCUCUCCCCUCUGUCCUCUCUCCCCUCUGUCCUCUCUCUCAGUAACUCCCCACACACACUGCAGGCUGAAGCUGCUGAAGCAGGAGAGGAUCAAAGACUACCUGCUGAUGGAGGAGGAGUUUAUCAGGAACCAGGAACAGAUGAAGCCCCUUGAGGAGAAACAGGAGGUAGUGUACUAGAAAAUCAAUUAAAAAGCCUUGAUCUUUAUUGUUCCCCAAAGGCACUUAAUGUGCAGGCAGCAUAAAAAAAGGACCAUAUGAACAGUAUGUAGUCUAUCAGUAAAAAUGUUUAUCAGUCGAUCUCUAAAUGCAUCCCUAUAAAGCCUAUAACACUAUAAACUAAAAUAAAUAAACUAUAACACUAUAAAGCCUUCACACUGUACCUUUUUAUCUAAAUAUUAAUUAAUUAAUCCAUCCUCUGUUGUCCUGCAGGAGGAGAGGUCAAAGGUAGAUGAUCUGAGAGGAACCCCCAUGUCAGUGGGGAACCUGGAGGAGAUCAUCGAUGACAACCACGCCAUCGUUUCUACGUCUGUGGGCUCUGAGCACUAUGUCAGCAUCCUCUCCUUUGUAGACAAGGACCUGCUGGAGCCAGGCUGCUCCGUCCUUCUCAACCACAAGGUACUGACUGAGUCUGCCAUUACUGACGGAGUCUGCCAUUAAGCUGUGUUUGGCUGUUGCCCUGACUCUGGCAAAGCAUUCAUUGAAAAGCUGAUAUUUACUGUACACUGCCAUUGAGUGACGUGUGUGUUCACAGGUCCAUGCCGUCAUUGGGGUCCUAAUGGAUGACACUGAUCCUCUGGUGACGGUGAUGAAGGUGGAGAAAGCCCCACAGGAGACAUACGCUGACAUUGGUGGACUGGAUAACCAGAUCCAGGAAAUUAAGGUAGAGAAGUAGAGUACACUGCAAAAGUUCAUGUUAAUACAGCUGGAUAUGUGGAGGCCAGUGUCACUUUAAAUUGGAGGACAGAGUCAUUGUAAUGGCUUAUAUGGAACGAUAUCAAACACAUGGUAACCAUUUUUCCUAAUUGACAAUUGUACUUGUGGUUCGCUGUGUUCCUCUCAGGAGUCUGUGGAGCUCCCUUUGACCCAUCCAGAGUACUAUGAAGAGAUGGGCAUCAAACCUCCUAAAGGAGUCAUUCUGUAUGGCGCACCAGGGACAGGUAAAACAACUAAAACAAUUGUGGGGAAAAAUUAAGACCGAACAGCAUUUGGAUAUGUAUUUUCUCUGGUAAUACUCAAAGGGGUGUUUUCCUGUGUACAGAUUAAAGGGUCAAUCUGCAGUUGCUACAUUCAUUUUCGGAGUUAUAAAGUAAUGAUAUUUUCCCAUUGAUUCUUGAAGAAUAUAACUUACAAACGCCACAUGGACUUAGUUCAACUGUAGUACCCCAUCAGAACCCAAAAUAUUAGCUUUUUUUUACUCCAAUGUUUGUAAACAAGGUAAAUGUAAACAAACACUGUAUAGCCUCAACAUGGUUAAAACUAUAAUUUUGAUAUCAUGGAUGGUCAGUCCAUAGCUCUGUCUAUGAAGUUAAGGGUGGUUACAUUUCUUCAGCCCCAUCCUUCAGCUUUAUACCGAAACACUUUGUUAUAGUUUCAACUGCUGAUUGCCCCUUUAAGCCUAAUCCUGGACUAAAAAGCCUUUAAGGGAGAUUCUCUGUUGAACUUGCUUUGUAGUCCAAAACUACUUCUGCAAACCGCCUCUAAAAGUGCCAUAGUUUGACACUGUUCUUAUGGUGUGUUAGGGAAGACCCUACUGGCCAAGGCAGUGGCUAACCAGACGUCAGCAACUUUCCUGCGUGUGGUGGGCUCUGAGCUAAUCCAGAAGUACCUGGGGGAUGGGCCCAAGCUGGUCCGAGAGCUGUUCAGGGUGGCUGAGGAACACGCGCCCUCCAUCGUCUUCAUCGAUGAGAUCGACGCCAUCGGGACUAAAAGGCAAGGCUAG